AUGGCCAGUGGAAACUACACCAGAGUCACUGAGUUUGUUUUGGUCGGCUUGAAGUGUCACCCUAAACUGCAGGUCAUCCUUUUCCUUCUAGUUCUAUUUUUUUAUCUCAUCAAUGUGACAGGCAAUCUGGGAAUGAUCAUCCUCAUAUGGGUUGAUGCCCGCCUUCACACCCCCAUGUAUUUUUUCCUCCGUCACCUGUCUUUUGUGGACAUGAGCUUCUCAUCCAUAGUGGCUCCCAAAAUGCUUAGAGACUUCUUUGAGGAGAAAAAGACCAUCUCUUUCCUAGGGUGCUUCUUCCAGCAGUGGUUCUUUGGGCUUUUUGUGGCCAUUGAAUGUUUCCUCUUGACAUCCAUGGCCUAUGACCACUAUGUUGCAAUCUGUAACCCACUACUUUACUCCAUCAUAAUGUCCCAGAAACACUGCAACCAGCUGGUGGCCAUCAACUACGUUGCUGGGUUCAUAAAUGCCAUGAUUCAUGCUCCUUCUGCCUUCCGUCUCCCCUUCUGUGGCCCAAAUGUCAUCAAUCACUUCUUCUGUGACAUUAUCCCCAUUUUCUCCCUCAUAUGUGCUGAUACCAGCAUCAAUAAGUUAGUACUUUUCAUUGUUUCUGGGAUUGUUGGUGUCUUCAGUGGCCUGAUCAUCCUUGUUUCCUAUAUCUACAUCCUCUCAGCCAUCCUCAGAAUCCAAUCUGCUGAAGGAAGACGGAAAGCCUUCUCUACCUGCUCUUCCCAUCUCACUGCUGUAACCAUCUUAUAUGGGACGCUUUUCUUUGUCUAUGUGCAGCCUAAAUCAAGUUUCUCCGUGGAUACCAAUAAACUCGUCUCUGUGUUUUAUACUUCUGUGACUCCCAUGUUGAAUCCCCUCAUCUAUAGCCUAAGGAAUAAGGAAGUCAAAGAUGCUAUCCAUAGGACUAUUGCUAAAAGGAAGUUUUGUAUUAGGACAUGA